UAUGGAGUAUUAAAAUAAAAGAUGCCAAUGAGGACGAGUGGCAAAGUUGUUGAUUGUUUAUUGAAUGAUUUCAUUGAUUUGACAUCAUCAUUUAGUUACUGGUUAACAAACAAGGCAUGAAAUGGGCUGUUUGCAGUCUUCGGAAAAGAAAUCGCAAUUGGACGAAGAAAGCAAAGACACAAAACCUAAAGUUUAUAGCUGGGAAACACGUGGGGACGUUGAUACAAGUAAUUUUAUCAUCCAGAAUGAAGUGGAGCAAGUUGUUGGUAGAAUGCCAGGACAACUAAGCGGACAGCAAUGUAUUAUUCAAAAUUGUGAAAAAAGUGACAUCUAUAUAUUUGAUCAUUCAGCUACAGUAUCUGUCGAUGAUUGCAUAAAUUGUCGAAUAUUCAUCGGCCCAAGUAAAGGAAGUGUUUACAUACGAGAUUGCUCAGAUUGCAAGUUUGUUGUGGCAUGUCAACAGUUUAGAACAAGAGACUGUAAACAAUUGGACGUAUUUUUGUGCUGCAAUACACAGCCAAUCAUUGAGUCUUCUACUGGUAUGAAGUUUGGUUGCUUUCAGUACAACUAUCCCAACUUGCAGGGUCAAUUUGAUGACGCUGGUCUCAGUAUUUUCAACAACAACUGGAGUAACAUUCACGAUUUCACUCCAGCCAAUGAUGUGAAAACAUGGACCCUCUUACCCAAGGAUGCCAAUGUGAACGAGUAUGUUCCAUUUCCUUCACCCGAUAAGUUUCCUGAAAUAGAGGUAUCUGCUGAUCUGGAUUCAAGUGUCGUUCCUGUCACUUUGGGAUCACGAAGAAAGACGUCGGAUGAGUCAUGCUUAGUGGUCUUCUUUCCCAGAAAUGGAGCGACACACAACGCGAAGUCUUUCCUCCGCGAAAUGCGUCUGAAUUCCUUUGACUUGGUUCGUACGAAGGAAAUUCAAAUGAGUAGUGAAGAUGCUCAACGGGUGUUUGGCAGAGAGCGUGAUUUAAGUCAUCUACAACAAGGUACUGCGAUAGGACUUGAGAUCAACGGCGAUAAUUGCGUCGAGGUUUGCAAUAAAGUUUUCAUGGCGUUGUUUGAUGGAGAAAGCACGUCGGAAGUCGCUUUCGUAUCCUCCAGCAAGGACACGGCCGAUAAAAAUAUUGACGAUUUUUACAAUUUCGUGGACAUGACAAUGUCAUAGCAACAAGUUGGUUGUUAUUUAUUUGUUCAUUGUAGAAAACCUGUUUUCGAAACCUGUUUUCUAUUUGUUCGCAUACAUAGUUAUGUAAAGUAAUAAAUGAAGAUUUAGUUGUGGUAAUAAAUCUAAAUACUGCUUUGAAUGGAGUAUUUGCCAUGGUGAAUGGCAGUUCUAAAAAAAACUGUUCAAAACCUUGGUUUGCUAUUGGUUUUCGACAGAACUUUUUAGAACUGUUAAAAUAAUUAUCAUGCAACAUGGCAAAUAAGCUAUUCAUAGCAGCAAAUAAUAAUAUAUUAUGAAUAAUCCCUUUUACUUGCAUAUGCAAACUUCGACUUUUAUUGAAAAUCAAA